AUGGUGUGGAGGAAGAAGAGUGGCAGCAGCGAGUCGUCCUCACCCGGCGUGUCGCCGUGCUACGACGACGAGGGCAAGAAGGUCCCGAGAGGGCACGUCCCGGUGGUCACCAGCAGCGGCGAGCGCGUGGUGGUUCCCGUGAGGCUGCUCGCCGACCCAGGAAUCGCGGAGCUGCUGGACAUGGCUGCACAGAGGUACGGGUACGACCAGCCGGGCUUGCUGCGGAUCCCCUGCGCGGCAGCACAUCUCCGCCGGGCCAUCGACAGCGCGCUGCAGAGAGCCGACCGGCUAGGCGGCGGCGUCUAA